AUGCAAACAUUUGUGAAGAAUAAUUAUAAUGCAAUUCAAGAUGAUUCAAUGACAAGAUUGAUUGGAAAUUGGGCAAAAAUCAUGUGGGUGACAUCAAAUUUGAAGAAUGAUCAAUAUUCGAAUGUUGAAGAAGUUCUUUCAACAUGUCUAAUUGAGACAAGCAAAAGUCUUGAUCCUGAAAAUGUUUCUUUGUUUGAGAAGACCGUGGAAACUUCAGUCAGCAAGCUCAGGAGAUUGAAAUUCUUGAUGAAGACUUUUCCCGAUCCAAAGAAGCCACCUUUGUUCUCUGGAGUGCCUGUAAUGGGUUUUGGUAUUUAUGUGUUAAUGUAUUUAUUAAAACCAGCAAACCAGCGCUGGUUUGCUGGUUUUCCAAAAUUGUGCCUGCUGGUUUGCUGGUUUUUAUUUUUCGCUGGUUUUGAGCAACCCUACCUUGAAAGUAAAAUGAAGGACAAUAAAAGAAAUUCUCAAGGACAUGAUUCACAGGAAAAACGCGUUUUACAACCCGCGAUAGCAUAA